AAUUUAAAUAUAUAAAUAUUUAUCUUUUUUUUACAUUUUAUUAAAAGUUAUUUAGGAAUUUUUCUCCAUUUGUGGUAAUUUUUGAAAAGAAAAGCUAUUAAAUGAUAUUUCUUAAAACAUAACAUACAUACAACGUGUCAUGUCGAUAACAAACCUUUAAGAAACGUCGGAAUUUAAAUUGGGCCCCCAUGUUUUUAAUCUUAGCCCAUUACUUUAAUGUGGUUAUUCGGGUGUAGUCCCCAAUGUUUCAAAUAAUUAGUUUUGCCCCCAAUAUCUUUCAAAUUUAUACAUUAGUACAUAUCAUCCGUCUUCUAUCUUCUUCUAUAAUAUUUGAAAAUUUCUUUGAUCGAAUAUCUUGUGUUUUCGUUUUCAAUGGCUGAAACAUUUUCUACGAAUCUUUUCAAGCCAAAUUCGAAGAUUUCACACAAGUUUCGUAUUUAUUUAUAUUAUUGUUUAUUCCAAACGGGAAACGCACACGAGGUGUUCGACAAAAUUCCCCCUUCUGGUGUAUGUGUUUUUUUUUUUUUAUAUCCCAACACAAAACAAUGUCACGUGGCGCUCACGUGAUAAAAGCCAGCCUCUUGACCACGUUUGCUGUUACUACAUUCCUUUUUCUUUUCCCGCCGUUUCUCUCUCUCUCUGAAGAAAUAAGAUAACUUGAGAGUCAAGAAAGCCCGCAAGAAUCUUGUAGAAAUGGAAUUGGAUGAUGUCGAGGUAAAGAAGCUCUGCCGAAAGGUUAUACGCUACGCUGACGGCGAUCACACCAAGUGAGACACUGCGAGCUGAGAGUUUGGGAGUCAAAGAAAAGUCUAGACCCGUGUGAGGAUAGGGUUAGAGGAUUGAAGUCGUUUUGGGUUGGUUUGGAUGUUAAGAUCAAAAGGGAUUUUAUGAAGGUGAGCAUUGCAAAGCUUAUGAAGGUGAACAAGAGCAUGCUGCUGAUUUUAAACCUCAUUCGGAAAAGGAUAUGGUCAAGAGGAUAGGGAAGACCUGGGGUCAUAAGAUACUGGUUGGGGUGUGGGAACCAGUGGAUGCAGUUGCUGCUGUUGGAAUGAUCAAAACUCAGCUCGCGUACGUGAAGGCUUUUACAUCUAAGUCUAGGAAGAAGGGGUGGUCCAACGAAUGGCCUUUAGCUGCGGUUGAAGAGCGGAGUAAGUUACUCAAGGAAAUCAAGUUACUCAAGCAAUGAUAUAGUAUUGAAGUCCAUAAAACUUAUCCAAAAGGUUCUGCUAAUCGAUGCAAAGAUAUUGCUGAUUGAUAAUUCAAGGAUUAGAUUGUUAGACAAACUCAUACGGCUUUCUGUUUUUGACAACCGCUCUUAUACGCUUCAGCUGCUGAAACCUUUCUUGCUGAAUGAAAUUGUAAGUAUGGAAUCAAAAGUCAAGUUAGAUGCAGUAGAAGCUGAUAUUUUAGUGAACGAGGAGAAGAAGUCACUCAAAGAGGAGAAGUCACAGAGAAAAAAGACGAAAAAAACUAAAAGCAUUAAGAGAACUUCAACGAGCAUGUCUAGUCCCGUUGAUAAGAAUGUUGAACGCACACCUUCUGUCAACCUUGAAGAUACUAUUGCAAGUGAAAAGGGACGAUUGGAAAUUUCAUCCAACGCUGACAUUCAGGAGGAAGCUACUAAAGUUAACCAUGGUGAUUCAGUGUCAGGAAACUUGGAGUCAGCACUUGGAGAAGGUGCAGCUAGAUAUAAUUCAGCUCUUGACAUGACGGUAAAGGCCCUCAUGAACAUAAACGUUCUUAAAGAAGAUAUAAAGUACAAUAAGCAACCAUUUCACGGCAACCUGGAAGAACAAGUUCCUUGUGAGCUACAAAAUUUAUUUAGUGCUGUUGUGUCAGGGGAAAUAAAAACUGAGGGAGUCUACUGUUUCAUCUUGAGAGACUUACUUGCUUCCCUAGAAGAAGCUAAGUCCAUGGUUCGUGUGAAUAAUAUAAGCUUCUAAGCAUCAUAUUGUUUUUUUUUUAUGUUUUAAGAAGCUUAACUAAAAGUAGAUGCGACAUUAAAUCUGGAGGCUGUGGAACGACAAAUUUUGUUCAUCAUGUUAUAAGUAGAUGCCCAUCUAUCUUCAUAAUCGUAUUAGAAUGGGAGAAGAGUGAAACAGAAAAGGAAAUUUUUGAAACAACAAAGGCUCUAGAGUGGGAGAUAGAUAUCAGCAGGCUGUACAAAGGCUUAGAACAAAACACUAACUACCGGCUUGUGUCUAUGGUUGGAUAUGGUGAAGAAGAAAGAGAACACAUAUGCAUGGCUUAUGAAAAGAGCCGGUGGGUCAAUCUCAGACGUGAGUCUUUAGCAGGAGAGGUUGUUGGCAACAACUGGAAGAAUGUGGUCAGAUUCUGUGGAGAAAGGAAGGUUCGGCCAGAGAUUUUGUUUUAUGAAGAGCUGCCUGAUCCAUGAUGGCCUAACAAGUGUAUAGAUAUGGGAUAUGUUGAUGCAACCUAAUUAGAAGUAUAAUCUAGAAUCAAGUUGUUAGCCAUGGGCAACUUGAUUUUCUCAAGAAACACCAAACUCCUUAACCUGCAACUAAUGACAUAAUAAAAUAAUAUAACCAACAAUGUAGCUGGUUUAAGAUAAUACUUGUAAAGUCUAUGGAUAAAAUAGGCUAAAAAUCAGUAAUAUUCUAGUUUGUGGUAUAUAAUGAAAGGUUAAUAAAACUUUUAAACAUUAUUUUUUGGUCCCCAAAUGUUUCAAAAUAUUAUUUCUUUGCCCCGUAUCUUUCAAUUUUUGAAGAUUAGGCUUUUCUCCACCACCUUUAAUAGACUCACGCUGCUUGAUUUAGUGUUUGCGUAUACACACUUUGUUCAUCACAGUCAUGAAGACGAACAUUGUCCGAAACUUCACACUAGUUUUGGUCUAUUUAUCCCACAAAGUGUUCGAUACAAUUCCCCAAUUGGCAACGCUCAAAAUGUUCUUCCUCCCCCCCCCGCCUUGUCACGUGCCUCUCACGUGAUAGAAGCAUGACGAUCGUUCGAAGCUUCACACUAGUUUCGAAUUAUUUAUCCCAAACGGGUAAAUGCACACAAAGUGUUCGAUACAAUUCCCCCAAUGGCAACGCUCAAAAUGUUGUUCUUCCCCCCCCCCCCCCCCCCCCCCCCCCCCCCCCCGCCUUGUCACGUGCCUCUCACGUGAUAGAAGCUUGACCAUUGUUUCAACGCUUCACACUAGUUUUGAUCUAUUCAUCUCAAAUGGUUAAUGCGCACAAGGUGUUCCAUACAAUUCCCCAAUGCCAACGCUCAAAAUGUUGUUUUUUCCCCCCACGCCUUGUCACGUGGCUCUCACGUGAUAGAAGCCACCGUCUUCUCUUCCUUGCUGUUACGUUCGUUGAUUUUCCCGCCUUUCUCUCUCUGAAAAAGCAAAAAAAAAACAAAACUUGGAGAGCAAGAAACCGAAAGAAAGCCUCUUGAGAAUCGUUGACUAAUGGAGUCUUCUCUCUUUAGAGACGACGAAGAAGGCGCAGAGCUCUUCCGCGACGCCAAAGAGCUAAUCGCUAAAGGAGACCACACCAAGGCCCUGGAGAUACUCGAAGAUCUGUUACUAUUCUACGCACAAGAAGAAGGCUCAUCGCUUCUUCACAACGAACAAGCUACAAUCUUCUCGAAGCUAUCACGAGAAGCAACGAAAAACCCUAACUUGGCGUUCACGUACCUUUUGGCUUCAGUGUCAUGCCUUGCCGAACAAGCAAACCUCUCGCGGCUCUGCGCAGAAAGGCUCCACCAACUAGGUCAACACCUUGGAUCGGUGAUGUACUACAAGGAGUGUGUUCGCAUAGGGAAACAGAGUUUAUAUGUUUCUCGAGGCCUAGAAGAGGAAAGGAGGAAAAAACUGGAGUUUAUGAUCAAAGAUGCAGAGUUGAGGAUCCUUGAGUGCAAGACUGAGACUAUUAGAACCGAUGAGGCGAAGUUUGUUGAGACAAAGAGAAGUCCAGAGCCUGUUAACAAAGGACUGAGGUUGUUUUGGAUUGGUUUGGAUGUUAAGAUCAAGAGGGAGUUGAUGAAAGUAAGCAUUGAGAAGCUUAGAGGCUUUGUACAUAGCAGCGAGGGGUCACUAAAGGCUUUGGAGAAAGUUCUCGCUUAUGCUAAGGAACACAAGAGAUGGACUACAUGGGUGUGUCGAACUAUAUGUUUAGCGGAUUUCUCUAAAGCUGAAGAGUGUAAGGCUCAUUUUGAGCAACAGCAUGGUGCAGAUUUUAAGCCUGAGUUGGAGAAGGAUGUGGUUGUGAGGAUAGGGAAAAACUGGGGUCAUAAGAUUAAGGGUGGAGGUUGGGAUGCGGUGGAUACAGUAGCUGCUGUUGAGAUGAUCAAAACUCAGCUUGAAGAUGUGAAAGCGUUUACAACGGAAGCUAGGAAGAAGGGGUGGUCAAACCAAUGGCCUUUGGUCGAGGAUGAAAACCGGAGUGGUUUGCUCAAGGAAGUUAAGCUACUCCUUGUGUCGCUCUAUGAGCAUCAGAUUCUCUCCUGCAGUAUUAGAGACUGGGUGAUGCGUUUUCCGGUUAAGCAUCUUAGGAAACUCGAGGUUUCGGAAGAGAGUAUUAACGACUGUCACAUAGUGGAAACGCCACAGAGCAUUUGUUUUCUGGAACGUUAUGAGCUCAGUCAGAUCAGAGCCUUUCUAGGAACUAUCAAGUGUGAAAGGCAUGAUGGUACAGAACAAGUUUGCAGAGCAGUGGACAGUGUGUUGGAUCGUAUUCGAAUUAAAGAAAGUGUUGAACUUGACGAGCAGUUUUCGUUGAUGCUCCUGGAUAAAAGACUGUUGAAAAGCAAUAGUGCUGCUCCAUUUGAUGGUUGUGUUGAUGAUGGGAAAAUCAAAUUCAUUGAAAAUCCUGAUGUUCACUACGCCAAGGCACAGGCUCAGGGAGAUGAUAUGAUAUCCUGGUUAGGUGACUCCUCUUCAGUGGAUAAAAGCUUUCCAAAACCUAUCAGGGAACACAAUCUUGAGACCUGGGUGGCUGUUUUGAGAGCUGUUCAGUACACAUGUAAAGCAUUGAGAACCAAGUAUGUAAUGAAAGAGCACGUCUUGGAGUAUGAAGCAGCUCUUACUUUCGUGGAGAACUUGUGUAUGCUUGAAGAUAAAAGAAGAGAGAAUGCUCAGGACGAUCGAAGGAAGAAGAGCUAUGCAUCUCUUCUCUGUGAUAGAUGUGAAGAGAGAGUCCCAAAAGAAAAAAAUUCCCUCACUGCAAGAUUGUUCUUGUGUGCAGUAAGAGAUGUUUUCGAGGGAGGAUGGGAUCCGACAUUUGAUUUAGAAGAUUGCAUGAGUUGUGUACGUGAGGGUAAAGGUCUCAGAGAUGACAUAGUGUUGAAGUACAUAGAACUUCUAAAAUCGGCUGUCACAGAAAAGGUUCUGCGGAUCGAUGCAAAGAUAUUGCUGAUUGAUAAUUCAAGGAUUAGAUUGUUAGACAAGCUCACAAGUCUUUCUGCUUUUGACAACCGCUCUUAUAUGCUUCAACUGCUAAAACCUUUCUUGCUGAGUGAGAUUUUAAAUAUGGAAUCAAAAGCCAAGUCAGAAGCAGCAGAAGCAUAUCUUUUACUCGAAGAGGAGAGGAAGUCACUCAAAGAGGAGAAGAAGUCACAGGCAAAAAAAAAGAAGACAAGUAAAAGCACUAAGAUAACUUCAACGAGCAUGGCUAGUCCCGUUGAACAAAAACCUUCAAUCGACCAUGAACCGGGAGGUACAUCUCAAUCACCAAAAACGAUGGAAGAAGAUUCCAUCACAAUGGAACCAGAAGAUACUCUUGGAACUGAAAAGGGUCCAUUGGAAAUUUCAUCCACCAAUGACAUUCAAGAGGGAGCUACUAAAGUUAACACUGAUGAUAUGCAAAACAUGCCUGAAGAAGGUUCACUGUCCGGACAUUUGGAGUCAUCACUUGACAUGACGCUUAAGAAUGAAAUUGUGAUUAUGGAACCCAAAGUCAAGUCAGAUGCAGCAGAAGGGAAGAAGAAGUCACAGGCCAAAAAGACGAAAAAAGAUAAAAGCAUUAAUCCGAUAACUUCAACGAGCAUGGCUAGUCCUGUUGAUAAGACUAUUGAACAUGAAUCUUCUGUCAAACUUGAACCGGAAGAAGAUUCUAUGGAACCGGAAAGAGGUCGAGUGGAAGCUACUACAGUUGACCGUGAUGAUAUGAAAAACAUGGCUGGAGAAGAUUCACUGUCGAAAAUUUUGGAGCCAGUCCUUGAAGGAGCUACAGCGAGAUACAAUUCAGCUCUUGACACGACGCUAAAGGCCCUUCUGAGCAUAAACGUUCUUAAAAAACAAGUUCUAAAUUACAAUAAGCAACCAGUUCAUGACAACCUAGAAGAACAAGUUCUAUGUGCGCUACAAAUUUUAUUCACUGCGGCUGUGUCAGAGGAAAUAAAAACUGAGGGAGUCUACAGUCUCAUCUUGAGAGACUUACUCGUGUCCUUAGAAGCAGUUAAUUGCAUGUCGAGUGGUGCUGCUGAGGUACUUGUAACCAUCCUUGAGUCUUGGCAUUGCUGGAAAAAUUCAGAAAGAGAAAGCUUGGUGACUCGCCUUUUCACGUUGGAGGAAAAUGAAAGAAUGAGUUGUAGAAAAUGCGGAAGGAAGCCAAAUUAUCCAGAGCAGAGUUCUUACGGCAUUGUUGUAGCUUCAGAUUCAAUCAGAAACGUUAAGUGUGCUUUUGGGGAUAUAAAGUUUGUGGAUGUCCUCAAGGUGACCCGCAUGAAUUAUAAAAUGUUAUGUGACAUUAAAACUGGAGGCUGUGGAACGUCAAAUUGUGUUCAUCACGUUAUAAGUAGAUGCCCACCUAUCUUCAUAAUCGUGUUAGAAUGGGAGAAGAGUGAAACUGAAAAGGAAAUUUCUGAAACAACAAAAGCUCUGGAGUGGGAGAUAGAUAUCAGCAGGCUGUACGAAGGCUUAGAACCAAACACUAACUACCGUCUUGUGUCUAUGGUUGGUUAUGGUGAAGAAGACGAAGAACACAUCUGCAUGGUUUAUGAAAAGAACAGGUGGGUCAAUCUCAGACGUGAGUCUUUAGCAGGAGAGGUUGUUGGUAGCUGGAAGAGUGUGGUUAGAUUCUGUGGAGAAAGGAAGAUUCGGCCAGAGAUUCUGUUCUAUGAAGCUGUCCUAUAUGUGAGGACCUAACAAGUGUAUCAACAUGGUGAAAACCAUCAUCGAUGUAUAAAACAUUGAGAAUUUGGCUCUGACAUUAUGUACUUAGACUCAUAUCUUGAAUCAAGUUUGAUAGUCAUGUUAAACUUGAUCUUUUCAAGAGA